AUGUUUAAGCUUCUGAUCAUCGGGAACAGCAGCGUGGGGAAGACGUCCUUCCUGUUCCGCUACGCCGACGACUCCUUCAGCAACUCCUUCGUCAGCACCGUGGGCAUCGACUUCAAAGUGAAGACCGUCUACCGCAACGACAAGAGGAUCAAGCUGCAGAUCUGGACCCCCAUCAGACCACCACAGACCACAUCAGACCCCCAUCAGACCACCAGAGACCACAUCAGACCACCAGAGACCCCAUAUGAACACCAGAGACCCCAUAUGACCAUCAGAGACCUCAUCAGACCACCAGAGACCCCAUGA